GGAGGGCGGGACAUUUGCUAACUCGUCAGCACACCGGACAACGCAUGCGCACUUCGUUCGCUUCCUGACAGCUGACACAACAACAGCAGAAACUCACCUGUUCCCGUGUUUCCUUCGAUUUCUGUGUUUUUUUGUGUUUUUUUGUGUUUUCUGGAACCGUGUUGGCCCGCGGCUCGCUCCCGGCUCGCCUCGUGUCUCUCCAUGCGCGCUCCCGUGAGCGUGGCGCUGGUCGUCUGGCUGCUGAGCGCCGCGGCCGCGCGCCAGUUCACUGAGGAGGAGAUGGCCGCGGCCAGACAGCGCAUCAAAGCCAUGUUCUACCACGCCUACAACAGUUACCUUGACAACGCUUUCCCCUACGACGAGCUCCGCCCACUCACCUGUGACGGACAGGACACCUGGGGCAGUUUCUCGCUCACUCUGAUCGACGCCCUUGACACUCUGCUGGUUUUGGGAAACCGCACCGAGUUUCAGCGCGUGGCGUCGCUGCUCCAGGACACCGUGGACUUUGAUAUCGACGCCAACGCCUCCGUGUUCGAAACCAACAUCAGAGUGGUGGGGGGUCUGCUCUCGGCUCACCUGUUGGCAGGUCGGGGGGGGAUGGAGCUGGAGCCCGGUUGGCCGUGUUCAGGACUGCUGAGGAUGGCCGAGGACGCUGCCAGGAAACUGUUGCCUGCGUUCCAGACGGCGAGCGGGCUGCCGUACGGGACGGUGAACCUGCAGCGCGGCGUCUGUCCCUCGGAGACGCCGGUCACGUGCACGGCCGGCGUGGGGACCUUCAUCCUGGAGUUCGCCACGCUGAGCCGCCUGACGGGGGACGCCACAUUUGAGGACGCCGCCCGCCGGGCGCUGAGGACGCUGUGGACAACCAGAUCGGACAUUGGGCUGGUGGGGAACCACAUUAACGUCUUGUCUCU